UUAUAGCAAUGUGUUAGCUGAUUAGGUUUAUUAAAGGAAAUUGCAUAAUUUAGUACAAUUAUUUAGCAUUCUUGUUUAGUUUUUGUGGCUAGUGCCUCGGAACGAGGCUCAAGCCACUAUGCUAUCGCCUGGUAGUGCGUGCGUGUGAGUGAAUGUAAUUCGGGAUAACCUCGCUUUUUGUUCGAUGAUUCGUCGUAAAUACAAAUGUAUGUUAAUUGGGCUUCCUGUGUAAUGACGUCAUUUCUGCAUUCUUAACACUACUGGGUUCCCUGCCUAGUAACGUCACUAUCCACCCGCCCUACCCGUCCCUCGGGCAUGUUUGGAAGCCCCCCCCUCUCUCCCCUCACUUAGUAGUCCGUCGASCUACCGAGCACUUAACGACAUAUUCUACGUUAACUACUCGGCUUUAGCAACAAUUUAUAGUAGAACAUCUAAAUUUUCUCAUCCUUGUGGGAUGCUAUGAAGUCUCAGCUUACUGAUCUUGGUAACCUAGCUUCGCACAUGCACAACAGCACAUCCAAUUCAUUACCAGACUCCUCAAUUAUCUCUGCCAAAGUCAUUCGUUUCCGAUGGAUGUCCGGGCGUUCUCCGGAUUAAUAUUGACAAGGAAAAAUUUGCCAUGUGCUCAGACUUCACUCUUUGCUCAAACAAAUCCAUUUAUAAAGGGUGCUGUUAUUGCAAUUGUCGCUGCCAAAGAAUUCCAACACCUAAUGCAGUCCAAGCUAUUACCAGUGUCAUUUGAUGUUCUCUGUAAUGAACCCUAUGGUAGUAAACCUAUUCGUAAGCUCAUUGAUGGCUGUGCAUACAGGAUUUAUGGACACUGGGUUAAAAGAAACAAAGAUGCAAACCAAAACAGGGCUGCAUUGUUUGAAAAUAAGCCAAACAAAGAAAAAUAUAGUAGUACUGAUGGGAAGCCUAAGAAUGGAAAGAGAACAUUGCCAUUUGAAGCUUCAUUUCGAGUUAUGUCAUUUCGUUCAGCUAGAAAACUACCUCCAAGUAAAGGUGUACAGUAGAGCUGUGUCUUAAAAUAUUACAAUCACAACGUGUGAGAAGAAAGGUGCUGGGCGCUAGCCUAGGUACCAAGCAUGCUCUUAUGUGUCAUCCACAGGAAUACCAACCUUACUGUUUUGUUUUAUGGGUGGAUCCCUUAAACCAUUUUAGCUCAAUGGCUUGCUGUUCUAAUCUUUAUUAUGAUCUAUGAUGGAAUACCAGAAUCACUCUAUCUGAUGAACUACAGCAAUACCUUCGCACUUGAUUCUGUUAAUGGCAUCAGUUACCAGGAUCGCUCAUCCUGAUGAACCACAGGAAUACCAACCUCAAUAAGUUUUUAUUUCUAAUGGUUGUUUCUGACAAGCAGUGACACCAGGAAUAUCGUCAGGGCUGACCUUUUACUGUUCAACAAAUGGAUAUUUAUUUAUUGCAGUUAGGAAAUGUGGACUGCUUGUUGCCACAUGAAGAAUUAUUGGUUCUUGCUCAGGACAAUAGGCCAAUAUUAUUGUAAUUUCUUGCAAGGCAUUGAAAAACUGGUUUCAAAUUAUCUACAAGUAGUGCAUAGCAAAGAUUGCUUUACUGAGAAAACAUGCUCCAACAGCUACAACGACCUUUGUUGUACACUACACACUCAAUAACCUUAUUUACAUUGGAUACAUUUAUCCUACAGCUAUAUACUAGUGUGCUAUAAUAUGUACAUUUUAUUUUAUAUAGGUGGCAAGGUUGACUGAUUUCACCAAAAAAAAGCAAUAUCAAAAAGAUAGAAUAUGUCAAUAUUGACAAUUUGAUAUUUUUGCAACUUGUUUUGAGAUUUGUAGCAUAAUAAAUUAUUAGUAGAAUGUAAAGUCUUACUAAUGAAUAAUGUAUAACUUGUGUAAUUUAAUAUUGAUAGAGCGGAUGCACUAAAUCUGUGAAAGGUGUUACAAAUUACUACUAAAUAGUGUUGGUUGGACAUGGAAGACAAAGGGGUUCACAGAUUAAGGGCAUUCACUUUAUCAAACUUCUGAGACUGUCAUGUAACAAACAUGCUCUUCUAGGCUUAUUUGGCUAUAGUGAAAAAGGAAAAAGGAGCCCUCUARUGGUGUGUUCACAUAGUGAUGUUUUCUAUCAGUUUGGCUGCAUGUUUACAUGACAAUUUCUAAUUUGUGUACUGACAAAAAUAUAUGUGUGCAUGAAUAGCAAGUGCUGACCUAAAACAGGCAAAACAAAUACAACUGGCCUUAUGUAUUGAUUUUGUAAACAGGUUUCGCGCUACUCCUUGAAAUCCUUGAAAAGUCCUGGAAUUGAAAACUCAUUUUCAUGGGUUCUUGAAAAGCCCAUAAAUACAUUUGAUCAUAUUUAUUUACUAUUAAGCUAUUGUUGAAUUGUAAUACUAUAAGAAUGGACUCUAUUUUGUAAAUUAUUUGAUUAUUGACAUGAAAUGCUAUUGUUUUAUAUGA